UAAUCAGGCCAGGACAGAGGCACUCUAUCCACCCCCAAACAUCCACCCAGUCCCAUUCUCAUACCGAUUUCAGCCGUGUUGGACCUGAACACGCUCCUGGAGCUCUACUCUUGCUGACAGCGAUACUCCUGACCUCAAACGUGAUCGGUGUUGGAUUUAUUUUCUUUGUUUUGUGGAAGGAGACGACUGUGCUGGGCAUUCACCAGCAGAGGACGGAUCUUCAUGUGUCGCAGGGAGCCGUGGACAGCUCAGUGGAUAUGGACCGCCUGAACAGGAACAUGCCGGAGUGUGGACGGCAAACUCACCAGGUGUUACAGAGCACCCCGCUGGACCUGAUCGAGACUGGAAAGGGGCUGAAGUUCCAAGCAGAGCGCCCCCACUUGGUGAGCUUGGGGAGUGGACGGCUAAGCACAGCCAUCACCCUGCUGCCCCUGCCUGAGGGCCGGACCACUCUGGGUCAUGGUCCCAUGGACAUCAGCAUCCAGGGUCCUGGUGUGGCAGCUCAGCACUGCUACAUAGAGAACAGGUCGGGGGUUAUCACGCUGCACCCCUGUGGGAACCUCUGUGCUGUUGAUGCCAUCCAGAUUAGACAGCCCACUCGCCUGUCACAAGGCUGCAUGCUGUGUUUUGGCCAAUCAGCCUUCUUUCGCUUCAACCACCCUGAGGAAGCCUUCAGGAUGAAGAGUAUGAUGCCCCAAGGAGGAAGUGUCUCUGCUGGGGACUACAGACUCUGUGCAGACACAGAGAGCUUGGUCAAUGGGAAUCACCAGCCCAGUGCAGCCCAGUGUCCCCCAGCUCCUGGAGAGAAAGUCCAAUCCGAGCACAGCGCUAUCGUCAGCUCUAUUGAGAGGGACCUCCAGGAGAUCAUGGAUUCUCUAGUCAUGGAUGACCCUCAGCCUUCUUCAUCGGACGCCAUGAAGCCUCCCGGAGGCCAGUCCGCAGCUCACUCUCCUCUGUCGCCCAUGGUCAACGGAGGGGGCCGGUAUCUGUUAUCGCCUCCUACCAGCCCAGGGGCCAUGUCUGUGGGGUCCAGCUAUGAGAACACAUCGCCUCCUUUUUCCCCACUGUCCUCCCCCUCAGCAGCCAGCAGUGGAAGCUUUACCAGUCCAUCUCCUAGUGGAGGACCCCAGGACCAGAGUUCUUCUCUGCCGCCAGUGCCUGUACGCUCCUCUAGCUACAACUUCACCGCCCAGCCUCCGCCGGUACCCCAGCCACGGACCAUACUGCCUAACUUCAGCAGCAGUGGGGUGAGCCAAAAGGUUCAGGAAAGCCCCAGGUUGCCGCGAAAGGUCUUAACGGAGGCUCCUCCAAGCCCCAAGCCAAGCCACACAGGACUGGGCCAAGCUGGGUCUGAGAGCCCUCGGCAGACCCCCCUUCUGUCCUCCAGUGAAUCUCUUAGCGGUAGAAACGCUGUGCCAAGUAGCCCCAGGCCCACACCCAAGUUUCCGACCUGUUCAUCCCCGUCGCCCUCCAGCCCCAGGACCAAGACUACCACAGUGCUCCAGGAAAGACCUGCCAGCCCCUUCAGAGAGCACGCCCCUCUGGCCGAUCGCUCUCUCACUUCCAGCCCCUCCAGGCAGCUUUCUCAACCCACCAGAGCGUUCCAGCCUCCCCUGGACCCCAUCGUCCACAUAAUCCAAGGAUCACCUCUCCAGCAGCAUCCGCGCUCGUUGCAGCCCCCGGAAAGCCCUCGCUUGGCCCGGAGGAACGUGGAGGUGAACGGGGGCGGUGGAGCAGGCAGCAGUAUGAGAGAGUUGCCACCUUUAAGCCCCUCCUUGGCUCGCAGAGGGGUUCCAGUUCUCCCAGGGGCACUUCCGGGCACGGUGAACCCACUGAGGACUCUGGACAGCCCCUCAAAUCUGGGCAAGGUUGUUCCAGAGAGCCCCAGACUUCGGCGCAAGUCAGAGGAGCAGACUUGCAGCAGAGGCAUCCGAGCUCGCAGCCCAUCCCCUACCUCGUUGUUGACGGAGGGCAGCGUCGGGGGUGCAGGGGUACGGAAAGCGAGCUUUGGGAAUUCCUUGUCGCCUGCUUACAGUCUGGGCUCGUUGCCGGGUUCCUCUCCUGUAGCCAGCCCAAGGACCCACAGAAAGAUGUCUGCAGGGAGACCGCACCCCGGUAUGAGGGAGAGGAAGAACAGCAUCACAGAGAUCAGCGACAACGAGGACGAUCUGCUGGAGUACCACCGACGACAGAGAGAGGAGAGGCUCCGCGAGCAGGAGAUGGAGAGGCUGGUGAGUCGGGACCGUACCUCAGCGGGGAUGUGCCGUUGUUACUCAGCGGUCUUUAAAAAAACAGCUUAUGGAUGCGCCGUGUCAGCUGAUCAGUGUUUUCUUCCAGCUGAGUUGUUGCUGAUAAUCCUGACAGAUCCUUUUACGGUUUUCAUCUCGUAAUCCUCUUUUUUAAUUCAGUAGCUUUAAUUCAUGGAGAAGACUUUUCAAAGGCCUAAAGUCACAAACUGUGAUGACAGACGCACUGUAUUAAUGAACUCGUUAGCUCAUCAGCUGAUGGUGUAACACUGGGCCUGCAUUAAACCUCUACAGGCUGAACAAACCAGCUCUCUUGUUUCAUAUGAAUUUCCUGAACAGUCUAAUUUCCGUGGUCCUUGCAGACGUGGAGAUGAGUGAGCAGUAGUAACUGUUAGAGGUUCAGUGUCUCCCCGCUGGGCUUAAGACUGUGUCAGGCAUU